AAUGAACGACACUGUACUGGCAGUCAACCUCUUCGAUCACUUUCACUACUACAAACCCAGAACCUCAACGAUUAAAACUCAAUGGCGACCAUCAGCAACUAAAUCAAUGGCGACUUUAAGCCCCAGGUUCUUGUUCAGCAAGGGCGUCGUUUCACAGCCCGCCAACACUCCACCGGUUACAAGCUUCCUCGAAACGCAUCCAGGAGCGUACACGACGUCUCGCACUCACAAAGACGCGUCGUUCGUGCUGUUCUGGGAACGGCACUUGAAGAGACUGGUGGACUCAGUAGCAAUUCUAUACAAUUCGAAUCCUCAGCUUCUGUUCGGACCCAACAAAACGACGUCGCUUUCGUUGCCGUCGCUCUCCUCCAAUUCCCCUUUGCUCCAGUCAGAGGUUCGCGAGCUCGUGAAUCGUUCGAUGAAACGAGUGUUGCCGAUUGCUUUGAAUGAGAGGAGUGAGGGAGAGGAACUGUCAAUUACAGCUCUGGUCAGUGGCAAUUUGGAGAAAUUGAGUGAGAAUGAGAGUGAGGGCUUGGACCAUGAAAGAUUUGGCAAUGGGGUUUUUGAUGUGAGUAUUUACAUUGGGACUUAUGUGCCAACUGUGUUUGGUAUCGAAGGAAACGGUGCGCAUUUGGCUGUGGUGGGUCGUGGGAGAGACGAUGCUUCUGCUAAGUAUUCGGAUUGGGUGAGGAUUAGGAAGUCUUUGGAGAGGUUGAGGCCGCCCAAUGGGACCGAGCUCUUGUUGUCUAAUGACGGUGACCGGAUUCUUGAGGGGACGGUCUCAAACUUCUUUGUCGUCUGCCGGAAGGAUAACGAUGAAGCUAAGGGGCAAAGUGUGCACUGUUUUGAAGUACAGACAGCUCCUAUUAUUGAUCAUGUCCUUCCAGGAAUUAUACGCCAAUUGGUCAUUGAAGUAUGCUUGAGCAAGGGAAUCCCCUUUCGAGAAGUUGCACCAUCGUGGUCAGAGAGUGAAUUUUGGGCAGAGGCGUUCAUUACAAGUAGCUUGAGACUUCUGCAGCACGCGGAGACAAUUAGUUUUCCAAGUUCAUGGGAAUCACUAAAUUCUAAAUCUUGGGAGGAGAUCUCAUGGAAAGACAAACAUUUUGAGGAGGGUCCUGGGAUGGUCACUACAAUAAUCCAGAAAGAGGUCAUGGAGAAAGCAGCUUCAGAAGGGUACUUUCUCAGUUAGUUUGUAUAAAAGGAAAUGCAGCUUGAUGGCACCCUUAAUUGUUAGGUACCAAGUAGCAACUUUUGCUUUCUCUAGGGCACCCCUAGGCUUUCUAGGGCAUUCUGAUUAAGACGUGAACCUAAAGAAUCCAGGGAAGUUGAAGGAGCAUUGAUUGUUUGUGAACCCCAAAAGUGUAAAGGGCUUGAAUGCAUUCUUGUACAAGUUUUCAGUUGGAAUAAUACGUGUUUGACAGCCAAA